GUCUCUCUCUCUGUCUGUCUCUCUCCCUCUCUCCCCCUCUCUGUCUGUCUGUCUCUCUGUCCCUCCCUCUCUGUCUGUCUCUCUCCCUCUCUCCCCCUCUCUGUCUGUCUGUCUCUCUGUCCCUCCCUCUCUGUCUCUCUCUCUCUCUCUCUCUCUCUCUCUCUCUGUCUCUCUCUCUCUCUCCUCUCCAGGUUGUAUGCAGUAGGGGGUCGUGAUGGAAGCUCCUGUCUGCGCUCCGUUGAGUGUUUUGAUCCCCACACCAACAGGUGGAGCUGCUGCGCUCCGAUGGCGAAGCGUCGCGGCGGGGUGGGCGUGGCUACCUGGAACUGUUUCCUGUACGCUAUUGGAGGACAUGACGCUCCCGCCUCCAGCCUGGCAUCACGACUCAGCGACUGUGUGGAGAGGUACGACCCCCAGACUGAUGCGUGGACGGCGGUAGCCCCCAUGAGCGUCAGUCGUGACGCUGUCGGUGUGUGUCUCCUUGGAGACCGUCUCUAUGCGGUCGGUGGUUACGAUGGAAUGGUUUACCUGAACACUGUCGAGGCCUACGAUCCCCAGACCAACGAGUGGACACAGGUGGCUCCACUGUGUCUGGGCCGGGCUGGGGCCUGUGUGGUGGCUGUCAAACUGUGAACACUCACACACCUGAACACACCUGAACACUCACACACCUGAACACACCUGAACACUCACACACCUGAACACUCACACACCUGAACACUCACACACCUGAACACUCACACACCUGAACACCCCUGAACACACACACACACCUGAACACACACACACCUGAACACUCACACACCUGAACACUCACACACCUGAACACUCACACACCUGAACACACCUGAACACUCUUUGGACCCUCCCCAUUCCUCCUUGUCUCCAGGGUUACCUCCAAUGGGAUGAAGUUUAACUGUAACAUUCCACUAAAACCAGGAGGACAUUAUAGACAUUGAGUUGGAGAGGAGAUUACUGACUACAGAUUGAAGAGCUGUGUCUGUCUCUCUGUCUCUCUGUCUCUCUCUCUCCCUCUCUCCCUCUGUCUCUCUCCCUCUCUCUCCCUCUGUCUCUCUCCUCUCCCCUCUGUCUCUCUCCUCUCCCCUCUGUCUCUCUCCUCUCCCCUCUGUCUCUCUCCUCUCCUCUCUGUCUCUCUCCUCUCCUCUCUGUCUCUCUCCUCUCCUCUCUGUCUCUCUCCUCUCCUCUCUGUCUCUCUCCUCUCCUCUCUGUCUCUCUCCUCUCCUCUCUGUCUCUCUCCUCUCCUCUCUGUCUCUCUCUCUCCUCUCUGUCUCUCUCCUCUCCUCUCUGUCUCUCUCCUCUCCUCUCUGUCUCUCUCCUCUCCUCUCUGUCUCUCUCCUCUCCUCUCUGUCUCUCUCCUCUCUGUCUCUCUCCUCUCUGUCUCUCUCCUCUCUCUCUCUCCUCUCUGUCUCUCUCCUCUCUGUCUCUCUCCUCUCCUCUCUGUCUCUCUCCUCUCCUCUCUGUCUCUCUCCUCCCCUCUCUGUCUCUCUCCUCCCCUCUCUGUCUCUCUCCUCCCCUCUCUCUCUCUCCUCUUCUCUCUGUCUCUCUCCUCUUCUCUCUGUCUCUCUCCUCCCCUCUCUGUCUCUCUCCUCCCCUCUCUCUGUCCCUCUCCUCCUCUCUCUCUGUCCCUCUCCUCCUCUCUCUCCCUCUCUCUCUUCACCGUCUUUAGGGGGCUCAUUAUUUUCAGCAAGAAAAGGAAAGGCACACACACACACACACACAUAAUUUAGUAUUUACCCUUUUUACUGCUGACAGAGUGGAGAGAUUUAGAGAUUAGACAAAAAUGAAGACAAAUGGGAGGGAGAGACUUCACUGUUUUUGUCCCUCUUUUAGUCAGCCUGUCGGUGAGGAAUUUAGUCAGCCUGUCUGUGAGGAAUUUAGUCAGCCUGUCUGUGUGAAUUUAGUCAGCCUGUCUGUGUGAAUUUAGUCAGCCUGUCUGUGUGAAUUUAGUCAGCCUGUCUCUGUGAAUUUAGUCAGCCUGUCGGUGAGGAAUUUAGUCAGCCUGUCUGUGUGAAUUUAGUCAGCCUGUCGGGGAGGAAUUUAGUCAGCUUGUCGGUGUGAAUUUAGUCAGCCUGUCGUGAGGAAUUUAGUCAGCCUGUCGUGAGGAAUUUAGUCAGCCUGUCAGUGAGGAAUUUAGUCAGCCUGUCGGUGAGGAAUUUAGUCAGCCUGUCGGUGAGGAAUUUAGUCAGCCUGUCGGUGAGGAAUUUAGUCAGCCUGUCGGUGAGGAAUUUAGUCAGCCUGUCGGUGAGGAAUUUAGUCAGCCUGUCGUGAGGAAUUUAGUCAGCCUGUCGGUGUGAAUUUAGUCAGCCUGUCUGUGAAUUUAGUCAGCCUGUCUGGGAGGAAUUUAGUCAGCCUGUCGGGGAGGAAUUUAGUCAGCCUGUCGGGGAGGAAUUUAGUCAGCCUGUCGGGGAGGAAUUUAGUCAGCCUGUCGGGGAGGAAUUUAGUCAGCCUGUCGGGGAGGAAUUUAGUCAGCCUGUCGGUGAGGAAUUUAGUCAGCCUGUCUGUGUGAAUUUAGUCAGCCUGUCUGUGUGAAUUUAGUCAGCCUGUCUGUGUGAAUUUAGUCAGCCUGUCGGUGAGGAAUUUAGUCAGCCUGUCGGUGAGGAAUUUAGUCAGCCUGUCGUGAGGAAUUUAGUCAGCCUGUCGGUGAGGAAUUUAGUCAGCCUGUCGGUGAGGAAUUUAGUCAGCCUGUCGGUGAGGAAUUUAGUCAGCCUGUCGGUGAGGAAUUUAGUCAGCCUGUCGGUGUGAAUUUAGUCAGCCUGUCGUGAGGAAUUUAGUCAGCCUGUCGGUGUGAAUUUAGUCAGCCUGUCGGGGAGGAAUUUAGUCAGCCUGUCGGGGAGGAAUUUAGUCAGCCUGUCGGUGAGGAAUUUAGUCAGCCUGUCGGUGAGGAAUUUAGUCAGCCUGUCUGUGUGAAUUUAGUCAGCCUGUCUGUGAGGAAUUUAGUCAGCCUGUCGUGAGGAAUUUAGGCAGCCUGUCGGUGAGGAAUUUAGGCAGCCUGUCGGUGUGAAUUCAGUUUUUUUGUCUCUUUCCAUCUCUCAUUCCCUCCCUCCGUCUCUCUCUCUCUCAUUCCCU